UUCUUUUUCUUCUCAACUUUCUAUUUUUCUUCUUAAACUUAAUAUAUAUAUAUAUAUAUGUGUGUGUUUAUUGUGUUCUAACUUUAUAUACCAAUAAAUUGGAGCUACUUUGGUAAUAGGAUUAGCUUAAUGGACAAAGGAAGGCACAUGAAUGAAAAAAUGGGACUAAACCUUCUCCCAUUUGAAGGAGUAACAAAAGUUACCUGUGAUAUGUUUAAUCCACUUCAAAUCACCAGUGGUUGGGAAAAAUACUUAGCCAUGGAAGUUGGCAAAAGCAAUCUCCACAGAAAUUUGCACAAUAGAUCCAUUUUGAUUAUAGACAAAUAUUCUAAAUGGGAACCAUUCGACGCUUGGAUUCCAUAUCUGGCUGCAAAUCUGUUCAAUCUCUACGUCUGUAAAGAACAGGUUGAGUAUGAAAGUGAAACAAGCAUUGAUCUCAUUGCCCUAUGUUGUCUUGACAUUGCUUGGAAAACAAGAGACAAAUACUUUUCCAUUGGUCAUCUUAAGGCAAAAUAUUGGGAACUCCAUAGCAUAACACAAAGUAAGUGUUAUGAUAUGGAGUUCCAAAUCUUGAACGCACUUGGAUUUACUAAGAGCUUAGGAGUUGUCACUCCUUUAAGUUUUGCAAGUUAUUUUGAAUCUCUGGUGGGAAUGCAGUUCCAUUUUCACGACUACACUGAUUUAUUCUGUCAAACUAUAGUACAAUUGCAGUGUGAAUAUUGGGUUGCAAAGAUGAGACCCUCACUUAUUGCAGCAUUAGUUGCAUUAGUGAUUUCCACACUAUUUCCUCGGAAAGUUUUUAACCAGUUUUACAAGGCGCUCUUUGAGAACCAAAUCAUCACAGAGGAUGAGUUCUUCUCCUUUUAUCCUGAAAUGUUGAAAGCCUUUCAGAAACGCAACAUAAAGAAUGAACACUUGAGGUGGUCUCACUCGACAGAAACUUUAUUAAACUUUCCAAUCAAAUGGAAGGUUGGUGUCAAAUGUGUAGGAACAUUUUCGAUAUUUGAAAAUGUAACAAUAGUCGAAGAGCCAAAAUUAGAGCCGAAGUUAGAAAGCUGCAGCACAAAGAAGAAUGAAUACUUCAAAGAAUUGGACAAAAAAAUUGAGGAUAUGCAAAAUAAGUCUAAGAUAGUAGAUGGUCCAUUUGUAGUAAUAGUUUCUUUCACCCUUGCCUUACAAGGAUGGUUUGGGGCCAUAAUUCCAGGGUGUAGCGGUGGUCUUGCCCUUAUAGCAUCAGUACUAACUAUUAUUUCAGGGUGUCUUUAUUGGCUUACACACAUCACAAAUGAGAAGUGGCUGGAACAAAAAUAUGCUAGUGAACUUUUAAGGAUGAAUGAGCAUCUCAUUAGUGUUGUUGAGAGUGAUGAUUCGAAUAAUUUCGAGAGUUGGUACCCUAGAAACACUCUCGAGUCAGCUAGCGUUUUGAAAGCCAAGCUUUCAAGCAAACUCAAAGAGGACAAAAUACGGGAAAAGAAGACCAAAAAAUGGGGCAGCCAUAAGAUUGUAGUUGUGCUUAUAAUAGUUCAUAUAUGUGCUAGUGUAGUGAACAUUAUAGGAUUUUACCAGUCUUGUAGCAAGCAUUGAAUCUUGCUUUUAGAAACCAGAUUGUUAUAGUUUUGUGUUUUGUUCUAUUUUAUGUCUUUGUGUUUUAUACUGUGUGAUGUUGAAAGUCACUACUGACUUAGAAAGUUCUAGAAUAGUUAAGUACUGUUUAAAUGAAUGAAGUGAAUUCUAAUACUUGGACCUUAAACUAAAGCUCAAGCACAAUUGCUAAAAUUUUCUAGAACAGUUAAAGUAUAUAUAUGGACCUUGGGGUCCUCAAGGUGUGAAUUAUAUAUAAUUGUUGUAAAGGUGUGAGUGCUUAGUAUAUUAUGGCUUAUGUUCAAGUUUUGGUG